CGCACCGCAUCGGCCAGGCCAACAAGGUGAUGAUCUACCGGUUUGUCACGCGUGCGUCGGUGGAGGAACGCAUCACGCAGGUGGCCAAGCGCAAGAUGAUGCUGACGCACUUGGUAGUGCGCCCGGGGCUGGGCUCCAAGGCCGGCUCCAUGUCCAAGCAGGAGCUUGAUGACAUCCUCAAGUUCGGCACUGAGGAGCUCUUCAAGGAUGAGAAUGAGGGGGAGAACAAGGAGGAGGACAGUAGCGUCAUCCACUACGACAACGAGGCCAUCGCCCGGCUGCUCGACCGCAACCAGGAUGCCACCGACGAUGCCGACGUGCAGAACAUGAACGAGUACCUCAGCUCCUUCAAGGUGGCCCAGUACGUCGUGCGUGAGGAGGACAAGGUGCGCCUGGGGGAUGGGGACACGGGGACACGAGAUCGGGUGUGA